UGGUAAGCGGGCAUUUGUUUAGCGAGAUUCAGUUAAUUAGCACGUGGUUGAAAAUGAAGCUGACAGGCGUCGGUUUGACUUCUAGUCGUGCCACGUUUUGGGCUCUAUUCUGUUUGUUGACGGUGUACGUCCUAUUUGUGUGGCACGUGCUGAUAGGCGAACUCCCGGUUGUCAUGCAAAGAUUUCAGAAGGUGGAUAAUGGAGCUCUGGCCGCCAAACGAACAUUGUAUAAAAAGUCUGGCAUACUGGAGAUUUGGAAAACAUCGUCCACAGAAGAAAUGUGCAGGCCAAAGAAACACGUCCUUUUCGUCAAAGUUCCCAAAUGUGGCAGCUCCACUCUUUCUAGCAUCUUCUUGAGGUACGGCUUUCGAUACAGCCUGGAUGUGGCGCUUCCUUUGAACAAUGAAUUCAAUUUGAAUUCCCUUUUGAACAGCCUUAACAGCAGCGCUGAAAAACGUGAUAUAUUUGCCAGCCACGUGACAUAUGAUGUCAUCAAACAGCAUAAGCAUCUCAUACCAAAAAAUGCUUUAUAUAUAACAAUUAUCAGAGAACCACUUGGCGCUUUCAAGUCCUUUUUUAACUUCCGUCAUAAGGGAUCCGAUUUUGGCAUCGAAGGUGAAGAUCAAAUUAGGAAUUUUUUUGCAAACUCAACUCUGUAUUCCUCGCCCGCAUCUAGCAAAUUUUGGAACCGGAUGGUACGUUACCUUGGUUACAAACCACCGCCUAGCAACAGUAGCCAAGAAGCCGAGAAGGCGGCGCUGCAAUAUGUGCGCCUUCUGGAUCGAGAAUUCGACUUUGUCGUCAUUCUAGAAUAUUUUGAGGAAAGCCUGAUACUGCUGAGGCGAAUGUUGUGUUGGGCAACACAUGAUAUGCUUUACACCCAACAAAAACCCGGAUCUUCGUUUUCAGAGUACUAUAAGUCGUCCCACACUGCUAAUCCGGUAGUGGUCCAGAAACACAGAGAACUCAGUUAUGCCGACUAUAUCUUAUAUGACUACUUCAAGCUCAAGACUGAAAAAUUGAUUGAAAGCCAGGAUGACGACUUUUUUAACGAAGUCCGCAAUUUUAAAACAGUUAAUGGAAAAGUGACACGGUUUUGUCAGAACAAGACUGCUAGAAAUCGAGACGAAACUUUGAAAAUGGCGCCAACACGGUGGAGCAGCGGCUUUACCCUGAGAAGGGAAUAUUGCCACCUGCUGGCCAUAGAUGCUAACAGAUAUUCUAUACUCUUGAAAAAAGGAAAAUUUCUAGAAUUUAGACUUUAGGGAAAACCCAGGGGGCAGUGGUAACGUGUGGGCAAAAUUCACUAACCACACCAAGUCAUUUUAUACAUCUUAUCAGGCAAGGGGGUCUUUGAAGAGUCCGUUUUCUACUUUCUCUCACUCUCUCCUUUACCACACCAUCAUAUGAGAGGAGGUCAGUAGUUUCAUGGUGGGUGUAUGUUUUGACUUCCAUGAUUUUGGGCACAAAUUAUUGAUGGACAUUUGGUACUAUAUGUGUUUUUUUUUAAAAUAAAGUAACUGAUUUUGUA